AUGUUAUAAAUAUUCGCAGACGAGAAUUUGCUUAAAGUGAGAAUCAGAGUUAGACAAAAUGAAGCUUCAACUGCUUGCUGGUAUUUUUUUCGCGACGGUGUGUUACACCACUGCCGACCAAGAAAAAACUUGUCCCGAAAACGAAGAAUACAAAACUUGUGGAACCGCUUGUCCCCCCACUUGCCAAAACAAAUCGCCGCAAAUUUGCACCGAUAAUUGCGUUAUUGGGUGUUUUUGCAAGAAAGGAUACGUCCGGGAGGCACCCGGAGGUCGCUGUGUGCCAGAAUCGUGCGAAAAUGUUCCAGUUUGUGGAAAAAAUGAAGUAUUCAGCACGUGCGCCACCGCGUGUCCCAAAACUUGCGACGACAGUGAGCCCAAAAUUUGUCCUUUGGUGUGUCUGACCGGAUGCGUUUGUAAGGAUAAUUAUGUUAGGGAGAGUAAAGGUGGGAAAUGUGUUCCGGAGGUUGCUUGCAAGAAAGAAUGUGGUGAAAAUGAGAUCUACAACGAAUGCGGGUCUUUGUGUCCUGGAACCUGCUCUCAGCCGGUGAAAGUUUGUGAGAAGAAAUGUGUCAAAGGGUGCUUUUGCAAGGAGGGAUACAUUCUAGAUGAUAAAACGCGAAAAUGCGUCAAGAGAGACGAGUGUCCCAAGCGCUCCUAAUUUUUUUCAUAAUUAAUAAAGUGAACCAUGUACUGAAAUUUUGAACUUGGAAUAAAAAUACAUUGUUUGCCCACCAAA